AUGUCUAAAAAAAGAGGGCUCUCUUUGGAUGAGAAACGUGAGAAGAUGCUUCAGAUUUUCUAUGAAUCCCAGGAUUUCUUCCUUCUUAAGGAGCUUGAGAAGUUGGGUCCUAAAAAGGGUGUAAUUACCCAAUCAGUGAAAGAUGUGCUCCAGUCUCUGGUGGAUGAUGACCUUGUUUUCAAGGACAAGAUAGGAAGUUCAGUAUAUUUUUGGAGUCUUCCUAGCUGUGCUGGUAACCAGCUAAGGAACAUACAAAGAAAGCUCACCAACGAUCUCCAAAGUACUGAAAAGCGAUAUAUGGAACUAAUUAAUCAGUGCAAUGCUUUAAAGAAGGGACGAGAGGAAUCUGAUGAACGAGAGGAAGCCCUUGAUGAGCUUAAAGCUAUUGAACAGAAGUAUAAUCAGCUCAAGAAUGAAAUUGCGCAAUACUCAGACAAUGAUCCGGCAACGUUUGAGGCUACGAAGAAGGCUAUUGAAGUGGCUCAGACAGCAGCUAAUAGAUGGACAGACAACAUAUUUACACUGCGACAAUGGUGCUCAAAUAACUUUCCUCAGGCAAGAGAGCAACUCGAUCACCUGUACGAAGAGGUAGGCAUAACUGAUGACUUUGACUAUGUGGAGUUGCCUGCAGUUGCUGCACCCUGUUCUGCUGGAGAUCAGGGCAGCCUUUAG